CUGAAUCGCGUAGGUUGUCGGUCUCGAGUGCGCGCUUGUUGUUCUCUACGCUCUAUCGUUAUACACUGGCGAGUUCUAUGGCUCAAAAAUAAUACAACUAUUUUGUUGGCCAACAGCGUUUUUGUUUUAUUCAACGCUCACUAGACCAAGUCCUAAGCAGACAACACCGUAGAGUAUUAGCAACGCCAAACCCGCGCCACGGGCUCUCAUGCAAAUGCAACAGAAUUUGCCACACACAUACACAGACACACACUAAGAUACAGCGAGACAUAGAAAGGAGCUGAAGAUACAAGAGCUAGAUAAGAAUUUCUUCAGCCUCAACACAUUUUUCCACACACACUGCACAGUGGGACGAAAGCAGCAGCGGUGCACGCCUCUUUGUUUAUUGGAGCAACGGUUGCACUCAACGCGGGACGCGCCACAACAAGAUGCCAGCCAUUUAGCCAUAUAAAAAUAAACAUAAUGCUCCAAUAGGCCAUACACAUAGCUACAAACUUACCAUACAUGCUGCAUGCCACAAGCAAGUGCUGCACAAGAAUAUACUUUGGAGUGAACACGCUGCUGAGCAACGCGUUGUGCAAUCGCGAAAAAUAUAAGAAAUUCCAAAUAGCAAUCUAAUAAAUGGUCAGCCGACAGCCGCAGCAGCAGCAGCAGCAGCAACUCGCAACUUGCCACAAAAAUAAAUAAAUAACUGAGUGCAUUGGCAUUGCCCCCACAGCCCACAGCUCAGCUGGCAGCCCGAAGCUCCAGCUCCAGCUACAGCAACUACUUCCAGCACGCGUUAGCCCACAUAGACGUAGGUCGUGGCCAAGGUGUAUAAGCCCAAUCGCAGCCGCAACGAGGUGUACACAUUUGGCACCAUGGAAGGCGGUUACGUAAACGAAGCCAUUAUAUCGUACUCAAAUCCUAAACUGCAAAAUUCAUCAAUCUAUGCGCCAACAACAAUAACAACUAGUGCCAUUGAAGUCGCUUCACCAACAUCACCAACAGCAUCAACUCCACAAGUGCCUAGCUCAGCCAGCGAUUCGCCAACAGGGGCUAAUACUAGCCUACAUGGAUAUGUCAUGAGUUUGCGCAAUUUCAAGUUCAACGGCACGCGAAAUAUUAGAAAACGCUUACAUUUCGAUUUUAUAUCAAAGGACAGAUUUUUGGGCGGCCAGCUCAAGACUAAAAAUGGCCAGAAAUAUGUUUUCAAUGGACCACCCUCAGGGGUAUAUGUUUCCAAAACUUGUUUGAUAUUAACUGCGCUUAUCAUAGCCGCAGCCUUGAUAUCCUCCGUGCUGAUUACCUACUUCCUGACCUCACAGGCUAUACCCAUAGCAGAUGUUAGUCCCAGCGCCCAAGCGCAGUCCCACGAUCAGGCCAGCUUAAGUGUCCAGGAGCCAGCAGCUAAUGUCAGUGCCAAAGACAAAGAGCUUGAAGCGCCAGUUCAACAUGCCAAGUUUAAUAUACCCGACUGGAUAAAACCACCGGCAACUGAAGCGCCUGUAGUCCCAGUGACUGUGCCGCCCAUUGGCGAAAUUCCCAAGAAUGAGCUGCUGCCCAUUGAAAACAGCACCAAGAACGUGGAACGCACGCUGCAGCUUUACGAGGGCUGGCGUCCAGCUCACUAUACAAUUGUCAUUGAGCCAAAUGUUGCAGCGUCUGCCAGCAACGGCAGCAUUUUUAUUGAGAUCGAACGUGACGCCAAGGUGACCACUUGGCAGCCCAUUGUGCUGGAUGUGCACAAUGUCAGCAUCGCCAAUGUGCGCAUCAUACGCUUGCCCCUGCUCAAUGACAGCGAGGAGGUCGAGCUGGACUUUGACAGCGACUACGGCGAGGACAAUGCAACGUUUGUAAUCAAGUUGGACAAGAAGCUGGCCGCGGAGCAGCAGCUGCGAGUGCUGCUUAGCCUGGACUUCGUCAGCCAGAUUACAGAUACGCUGCAGGGCAUCUACAAGACCAGCUACAUUAAUCCGGAUACCAAGCAAUUGGAUUGGGUUAUUAGCACACAGUUCUCGCCUAUUGAUGCGCGUCGUGCUUUCCCCUGCUUCGAUCGUCCAGACAUGAAGGCCAACUUUACUGUCAGCAUUGUGCGUGAAUCUUCAAAGAAAAUGGCGCUCUCCAACAUGCCCAGAAAGCGCAGCAGCAUUCAUCGUCCUGGCUUUAUACGCGAUGACUUUAAGACCACGCCCAAGAUGCCUACCUAUCUGCUGGCGUUUAUUGUCUCCAACAUGGUUGGCUCGGGCUUUGCGGACCUGGACGGCAGCUUGACGCCGCGCGUGGAAAUCUGGACUCGUCCCACAUUUAUCGAUAUGACGCGCUAUGCUUAUAAUAUGGUGCGCCAGUUUCUACCUUACUAUGAGAAUUACUUUGGCAUCAAGAACCAGCUGCCCAAGAUUGAUCUUGUGUCCGUGCCGGACUUUGGCUUCGGCGCUAUGGAGAAUUGGGGUCUAAUUACGUUCCGCGACUCUGCGCUGCUGGUGCCAGAGGAUCAGGAGUUGGCUUCCUCAUCGGAGCAUAUGCAGUAUGUGGCGCAGAUAAUAGCGCACGAGCUGGCGCAUCAAUGGUUCGGCAAUCUGGUGACGCCCAAGUGGUGGGAUGAUCUCUGGCUAAAGGAAGGCUUUGCCUGCUACAUGAGCUACCUGGCGCUGAAUCACAUACAUCCUGAAUAUCAAAUAAUGGAUACCUUUACCAUUAUGGAAUUCAAGCAGUCUAUGCAACAUGAUGCCACCAACACCUCGCAUCCUAUUUCAUUCGAUGUGAAGACCACUAACGAUGUGCGUCGCAUAUUCGAUCCGAUUAGCUACUCCAAGGGCACCAUACUGCUGCGCAUGUUGAACUCCAUUGUGGGCAAUGACGCCUUUCGCGCAGCCACGCAGGAUCUGCUCAUGUCGUUUGCCUAUAGGAACAUGGAUCGCGAUGAUCUGUGGGCUUAUCUCACACACCAUGGGCAUGAGAAGGGCACGCUGCCAAAGGACCUGAAUGUCAAGCAAAUCAUGGACUCCUGGAUAACCCAAGCUGGCUAUCCGGUGGUCAAUGUAGAGCGCAAUGGCUUGGAUUUGAUACUGCGCCAGGAGCGUUAUCUGCUGCCCAGUCGCAAUCCAGCCGAUCACAGUCGCUGGUAUAUACCCAUCAACUUUGAAACCGAUGAGCGCCGCAAGGGCGACAAUAUACCCACACACUGGAUGAGCCAAGAUGAGCAACAACUGGUCAUCAACGAUGUCUUCACCAGCACGAACAAUUCCGAUAAUGUAGUGUAUCUGAAUUUGAAUCGACAAAGUUAUUAUCGAGUGAAUUACGAUGUCAACUCCUGGCUGGCAUUGAAGAAAAACUUUAGCAGCUUGCCACGCAUAACGCGCGCCCAGCUCUUGGAUGAUGCACUGCAUCUGUCACAGGCAGAGUACUUGACCUACGAUAUACCCUUGACCUUCCUCAUGGAGCUGUUUACAGCCGUGGACGAUGAGCUGCUGUGGAGUGCGGCCAAGCCAGGUCUCAACUAUCUCAUCUACAAUCUAAAACGCGAGCCAGCCUAUGAGACUUUCAGGGCAUUCAUGAAGUUUAUUGUGCGUCCUGCAUUUAAUCAUUAUGGACUCAAUGAGCCGGACAAUGAGUCGCAUCUGCAGCUGAAGCAUCGUGCUUUGGUGGCCAGCUUAGCCUGCAAGUUCAACUACGAUCGCUGCACGCAGGUGGCACAAAUGAAGUUCCGCGAAUGGAUGAAGGAUCCCAAAAAGAAUCCCAUUAAGCCCAAUCUGAAGUCAGUUAUAUAUUGCACGGCGCUGGCGGAGGGCUCCUAUCAGGAAUGGUACUUUGCCUAUAAGCAAUACAAACGCAGCAAUAGCGCUUCGGAAAAGGAAGAAAUACUCUCAUCUCUUGGCUGCACCACUAAGCCCUGGCUACUGUCCAAAUAUCUGGAUUUGACCAUUAACUCCACAUCGGGCAUAUUGAAGCAGGAUGGCGGUCUGGCCUUUAGCGCUGUAGCUACCAAUGACAUUGGCUAUGAGAUUGCCUUUGAUUUUCUGCAGACCAACAUUAAACAAAUUGUCGAUUACUAUGGCGAUGGUUUCUCCACCAUAUCCGACAUGAUCAAGUCGCUGACCAUCUAUAUGAACAAGGAGUAUCACAAGCAGCAGCUGCAGGCACUGGCCGCCAAAUGUCGCAAAUUGGGACUAAAUGAAGUGGAGAUGGCCAUUGAUUUGGCCAUGGUGCAGGUCAAUAACAACAUACACUGGCGCAAUCAUUCCUAUGAGAGUCUCAAAGGUUUUCUCGAGGCCAUUGUCAGCGAGUUCCAGAUCAACAUCUUCUAAGCAUAAUUUUAGUUUUGCAGCUUUUUAACCAAAAACAAAACAUCAACACAAAAAUGCGACUAUAUUAUUAUGCAACAGCCUCAAUAUAAUUUUAAAAAACGAAUUGUUUGCGAAAAGUGAUAUAAACGUGUAAGUUUAGCCAACAUAGCCUAAGUAAUAGUUAUUUUACUUUUUGCAAUUGUAUGUACUAAAUAUCUUAUAAUUAUUUAAAAAUGCUUCAUUUGUUUCAUUCGUGCCGUUAUUUAUUUUGUUUUUUCCUAACGUUCCUAAAGUUUUUUAACCAAAAAUUGUAGCUUACUAUCAUCACACGAAAAGCAUCAACAUACAUAGUAUAUCAUUUAUUUCUUAGCACACUGUCUAAUGCUGCUGCGUAAAAUCUUUACACUUACUACUUGGAUCUUGACUUAUAAGCCAUUUAGCCUUAAGUAAACCAAAAAUAUAUAAUUUAAACCACUAUAAAUACAACGCCAGGGAGCACUGAAUUAUGUCUAUUUUUGCUAAUAUUUAUUAAGUUCAUAUAUAAUGUGUCACAGGGUCUCGCUUGAGGCAAACAAUUGAGUGUCCUUAAUGCAUGGUUUAAAAUACUGCAAAAGCAAGCCAUCAUAAGAAAAAGAUCAACAUUUUGAUGUACAAGUUAACUAACCAUUGUGUAUUUUAUAUAAUAUCUUAAAAUUAAAUAUUUCGCUUAAUGCACAAUCAUGUAAAUAAGUU